AUGGCUACCAAUCACGAGGAGACGCGACCGCCUUACGGACACGGCCCAACGUCUCGGCGCCAAGCCUAUAACCCCGUUUCAGUGACGGCUCUUGCGAACCGUGCGACUUGGGUUGCUACCAAGGAAUCCAGCGAUGAACCAAAGCUAAAUAUGGGGCACUCACACCGACUCCCUGACACGACCGGUCGCAGAGAUCGCACGAGACCUGACAAACAUAAAGCUCAUGAUCCCCACGCAGAGCUUACAUCCAGUUCAACUCUCCAGCCAGCAGAUACUUCGGACGAGAAAAAUGACAUUGCGCCCGACUCCGGGUCGGGCGGCAGCCCACUAAGCCAGCCGGCUCACACGCUGACUUAUGAAGAUGUGAUCAAAGAACUCACCACUGAGCUAGACGAUGGUCUACCCCCCGACGAAGCGAGUCGUCGUCUCCAGCAAUAUGGUCCCAAUCAACUGGACGAAGGGGAAGGUGUGUCGUUGGUCAAGAUUUUUGUGCGGCAGGUGGCCAACGCAAUGAUGCUAGUUCUGAUUUUGGCCAUGGCGGUCAGUUUUGGAAUCCAGUCGUGGAUUGAGGGCGGAGUGAUCUGCGCAGUCAUUGUCUUGAAUAUUGUUGUUGGAUUCUUUCAGGAGUACGCCGCUGAAAAGACUAUGGAGUCGUUGCAUUCGCUGUCGUCGCCGACGGGGACUGUCUCGAGAGGCGGGCAGACAUUCUCGGCACCAUCAUCUGAGAUCGUACCGGGUGAUAUGAUUGAGCUGAGGACGGGGGAUACUGUUCCAGCGGAUAUUCGCCUGGUUGAAAUAGUUAACUUCGAGACCGACGAGGCUCUUCUGAUAGGCGAGUCUUUGCCCGUCCAGAAGGAAUGCGACUCGACUUUCAAAGAGGAUACUGGCCCUAGAGACCGCCUCAAUAUCGCCUACAGUUCUAGCACUGUUACUCGUGGUCGUGGGCGUGGUGUAGUUAUCAGUAUAGGCAUGUUCACCGAAAUUGGUUCUAUUGCCCUCGUAUUGCGGGCUAGCGAUAGUAAGCGUCGUCCCGUCAAGCACGGUCCCAACGGUGAGUCUAAGAAGCGGUGGUAUAUUUAG